AUGCGGUGGUCCGCUGCCUACAACUAUGCCAAGGACAGCUCUGGCUCCUUGAAGCCCGGCGUUCAGACGGUGGAAGAGUGCAUGAAGAACGUCAUAGAACCCAUCUACAACAAUUACCACCUUGUCCCCAACGAGAUCCUCCGCUAUGCCGACAAGAAGGUUGAUGCCUCUGUGGCUGCCAUGCAGGUUGCUCCCGCUGCCGCGAGAGACACCAUUACUGAAGCCAUGAAAAACGUUUAUACCAAGUAUGAGCCGUCCGCAAAGGAGCUGUAUGAGAGGUACGAGCCAGUGGCAGAGCAAUAUGCAGCCUCGGCCUGGCAAAGGCUGAACUCGCUGCCGUUGUUCCCACGCUUGGUGGGCACAAUGCUGCCAACGGCAGCAUACUGCACGGCGAAGUACAAUGAGGCAGUAAUGGCCGCCGUGGAGGAUAGGUAUAGGGUUUCUCCGUACCUGCCUUUGGUGCCUACGGAAAAAAUAGCUAGGGUUUUCAGUGGAAAAACCAAAAAGCAAGAAUAA